UUAUUUUAUAGCCGCUUGCAAAAAAAUGUCUUGUCUAGCUUGUCAGUGACGCUUUACUGAUCUUUAUAACAUAAUUUUUAUUUUUAUUUUGUUCCCAUUGCUAUUUAUAUAUUUCUUUUUCUUUUCUGUUUUGAAGUCGAAAACAAAUCGUUCUUGUGGCAUUUGUUAUCAUCAUAAUGGUAUUGGAUAAGAUUCUCGACACUCUGUAUAAUGCUUCGCCUAUUUCAUUGGGACUGGCAUUGUCAUUAGUUUUACUUACAAUUGUAUUCAUCGCUCUUAGAAGAAGAAAUCUACCACCAGGACCUACUGGUCUCCCGUACUUAGGAAUGUACCCAUUUCUCAGCAAUGAAAACAUUGCUGUGAAACUGGAUGAAAUGAAAAUUAAGUAUGGAGAUGUUUUCAGCUUUACGAUUACUGGAAGACUGUUCAUAAAUCUGGGAAGUAUCAAAGCUGUACGUGAGGCACAUAUUACAAAAUCAGACUGCUUUGGUGGACGAUUACCUGGUUCCAGUUUGCUGGAGAUAUUUUUUGAAAAUGGUGUUGGUUUUACUAAAGGAGAAGCUUGGAAAGUACUUCGCAAAUUCUUCAUAAGAGUUUUAAAAGAACGUACAGCAAUAUCAGAGAAGAACAGCAUGAUCGGUCCUGUGUAUGACUCCAUAAAAUCUACUAUCAUCGACUUGAAAGAGGAGAAGGGAAAACCUCUGAACUUGAUAGAGCUUUUGACCACCAAAUGUACCACCAAUCUCCGCCUCAUGCUCUUUAGUGAAGUUGGGGCUUCGGAGGAACAGAUGAAGAAAAUCAUGGAGUUGUAUGCUGAAGAGUUAGAAGGCUUUAUGCCACUGAAUUUGCUUUUAAGUGGAAGCAUUAUGAGAUUCCUUUUCCCUUUGCAACCUGCUUUUCGUAAGGCUCUGAAAUCUCACAGAAAGAUUGAAGAAAUCCUGUUUGAUAUUGUCAAAGAACAUAAAUCAACAUAUGAUGAAGAGAACAUAAGAGAUAUAAUCGAUGAUUAUUUCAAAGAAAGAGAUUUGAAACGAUCCAAAGCAGAUCCCACAGCCGAAUAUUUUACUGAUGUGGCUUUAGUGCAGUCUCUUACCCAGUUUGUGAGCGAUGGUGUGCUGUCUAUUGCUUCCGCCAUCAGUAUACUCAUGAAAUUCCUCAUUGAAAGACCUGAAGAACAAGAAAAAAUAUACAAAGAAAUCAUUGAAGUCGUUGGUACCGACAGACAACCGACAGUUGAGGAUAAGAGCAAGCUUACCAAACUGAAUGCCUUUAUUUCUGAAGGGAUGAGAGUUUCGAAUGCAUUUCCUAUCUUCCCUGGUGUCGAAUGUAUAAAGGAGACAACUUUAAAUGGCUACAGGAUACCCAAGGGCGCGGUCACAGUGACAAACUUCUACAGCUGUCACGCUGAUCCUGAAGUAUAUGAGGAGCCGGAAAAAUUCAAUCCCUCCAGAUUUGUGUCAACGGAAGAGAAGCGCAGAGAAGAGCUACCAAUUACUUUCGGAGUUGGAAAGAGAGCAUGUAUCGGAGAAGGUUAUACAAUGAUACAAUCCUUCCUAUUUCUGGCAACUGUUAUUCAAAAUUUUGAACUUAAGUUUCCGGAGGAUAUGACUGCAUCUGCUCAAGAAGUUUUCAUGUCUGGAAAGCUGCCGGUUUGUGCUCAUCCAAGGAGUCACCUUUAAUGUUUAGUGGUGGAAAAAAGGAACUGAUUGAACUAUAAUAAUGACAUAUUUGUAUAACAAAGCUUGGCUAAUCAGUUCAGUUUUGGGGAAAAUAACAGCUUAAUCAGGAAUACAACGAAAUUUAAUCGUUAUGAUUAAAGCAUUUGUUUAUUAUUAUUUGUGUAUUAUGAAUAUAUAUUUAAAUGUGAAUCUGUUCGCCAUUUCAGACAUUUAUGUAGCUCAACUAUUUUUUUUAUUAUUAUUAAAACUGAAUCUUACGAAUGCUUUUUGUUAAAUAAAUGAACGAAUUUUU